CUUUGCGAAAAUGAGGACACGGGCCAUCAGCUGAGCCAGCACGAGUUUACGGUUAUCAUCAUGGGACUAGACAUGUUCUACUUCUUAACUAUAAAAGCUAACAUUGGCAUGAUCAGGUCACCAGUUGGAAAGUCAUUAGAAACCAGAGAUGAUUCGAGCAGUUGCCCUUCUUGCCCUUGUGGCUACCGCCUUUGCCGCACCCCUACUCGAUCAAGAGUGGGAGAGCUUCAAGACCUCACACCAGAAGACCUAUGCGGCUGACGAAGAACUGGUGCGCAAGGCUAUCUUCAGCAACAACCUCAACAUCAUCCAGAAGCACAAUGUUGAGGCCGAUAUGGGCGAGCACACUUAUUGGCUCGGGGUCAACCAAUACGCUGACUGGACAUCUGAUGAGUUCCGCGGUUUCAUGAAUGGCUACAAGAUGAGGAAUAUCAGCUCAGGCAGCACCUUCCUCGCCGCAUCUCAUGUUGAAUUGCCCACCACCGUCGACUGGAGGCCCAAGGGCUACGUCACAGGCGUUAAGAACCAGGCACAAUGUGGCUCAUGCUGGGCUUUUUCCACAACUGGUUCGCUUGAAGGACAACAUUUCAAGAAGACUGGGGAUCUUGUUUCACUCUCAGAACAAAAUCUUGUCGACUGCUCGCGGCAUUAUGGCAAUAUGGGCUGUGAGGGUGGACUUAUGGACUCGGCCUUCAAGUACAUCAAGGCUAACCACGGCAUUGACAAGGAGUCUUGCUACCCAUACAAGGCCAAGGAUGAAAGAUGUCAUUUUAAAAAGUCGUGCAUUGGUGCCACGGUGACCGGGUUCGUGGAUGUGAAGCGGAUGGAUGAGAACGCGUUGCAACAAGCUGUCGCAACCAUUGGGCCUAUUUCAGUCGCCAUUGAUGCUGGUCACAAUAGCUUCCAAUUAUACAAACGCGGUGUUUAUAGUGAGCUAAAAUGCAGCCAAACCCAACUCGAUCACGGUGUACUGGCGGUCGGUUAUGGAACUCAAGAUGGACAAGACUACUGGCUCGUUAAAAAUAGUUGGGGUGCAACUUGGGGAGUACAGGGCUACAUUAUGAUGUCCCGCAACAAAAACAACCAGUGUGGGAUUGCAACCCAGGCAAGCUAUCCAUUGGUCUAGAUGGCUGGUUGGCGUCGGGAAACACGCGGACGACCGAUUGUCAUGAGCACGGCCACAUAAAUUAGGCGCUCUGGUCUCAGAAACCAUUUCACGUGGGCGCGGAUAAAGACCUGUCAUUCACAAUGUUGAAUUUCCUAACUACGCAUGCUCUGUCGGUUUAACUUCCGCUCUGUUCGUUAGUGUCAUUGACCUCUCGUGUGUUUAUUUGUUUUGUAUUUUUUUGUAUUUAGAAAAUAAUAUUUAGAGUAGAAACAUCGUUUUCUUUUGAAGGCACCAAGCAGCUGAAGUGAUAUUGUAAAAAACAUAUAUAUAUAUAGAAAGCCCUGAUUGAGGGCAUGCUGAUAGUUUUGUAAUAUUAUAUGAAAUGAAAUCAAUCUCCCAAUGAGAGGACUCCGCUUCAUUUGCCUCCCGGAAGAGACUAACCGGAAGAGGCCAAUGCACGCUAGUAAACAGAGCUAGUAUCACUAAGCAACCGAUACACGUACCAAGGUGAGGCCAGGAGAUUGAAAUGAAAUGUCACCCUGAAAUCGGUCGCACCGCGUAUGUUUGUACGUACUGUAAAUUUUCAAAUGCAAUAAAUUAUUUUAAUUGGAA